AUGUACAAGCAGCUGGACUCAUCCAUGAGAACCGCUGACAUCAAGGCACGCCGGAUGCGUUGUUAUGAGCACACUCUCAAUCUUGUUGCGCGGGCCUUUCUCUACGACAAAGAUGCAGAGUCCUUCGAACUCGAAUCCGAGAUCAAUUGCAUGCGAGGCCUUCCAGAGCAGGACCUCGGCCACUGGCGCGCGAAAGGGCCCAUCGGGAAACUUCAUAACGUUGUCAAGUUCAUCCGAUCGUCGCCACAGCGGAGCGAACACUUCAAUCGCAUUGCGCAGGAUGAAGAGUAUGAGGAACAUCGGCUUUGCGAAGAGUCAACUGCGGAACUGGAGGUCAUCCUGAACAACGAGACUCGGUGGAGCUCCACAUACAUGAUGAUCGAGAGGGCUUUGAGGAAUCGGACGGACAUUCGGGCAUUCAUCUUUGCACUUGAAGGCGAACAAGAUGAGGCAAAACGCAUCCCGGCGGCUGACAUAUUAUCGAAUGAGGAUUGGCGCGUACUUGGUGAAGUCAAUGCGAUUCUCAAGCCAAUAUACCUUCAGACAAUGCGGACCCAGGGCUGGGGCAAAUCUGACGGCCAUGGGCACCUGUGGGAGGUGUUGGUAGGGAUGGAAUAUCUCUCAGAGCACUUUGAGGACUGGAAGGCAUUUACGCGGAGAUGA